GUAAGUUGAGUGGCUUGAUCUAUAAAUAGUGUAUGUUCAUGAGAGCAUUAUACACUAUUAGCCAGAUGGUCAAAUAGCAAGAACAGGCUUAAGAGUUUUAAAGAGGGGAUCUAUCUUUCACGGUUCGCUCUUUGCACACCAAGAUUCUCUCUUUCCCGUGUCACGAGUAAAAUAAAAAACCAAGAAGAAGAUGGAUGCUGUUCAUGAAUUGCAGAGGAAAAUAAUGCAUUACAAACGAAAGACUAGUCGUCUUGAGGAUGAUCUUUUCCAGAGGGAUCAAGAGAUCAUACGUGCAAAGUUCACAAUAUUGCAGGCUCUACCAGAACUAAAUACUCCAGAGAAAGGCCCAUUGGUUGACAUAGUAAGAGUCCCAGGCUACCUAGACCCAAAGAUGUUUGAAGCAGCGUGUCUCAAUAACCCAUCUGAUGGUCGUGAGAAGGAAAUAAUGAGGAAGGAUAGAGCAUUACUUGAGGCUGAAACUCUGUGCAAUGAGUGGAGAAGCAAAACCAGUAAUGGAGUUUGGGAGCUUUACAUUGAGGGUCCAGAACAAGGAGAAGACGACUGGGUACAAGUGGAGGCGCAGGAUCUGCUGGACCUCAGAGAGAAAUAUGGUGAUGAGCUUUACGAAGCUAUUAAGAUAGCAUGGACUGAGUCACAAGAACGUACACGAACAGGAGUGCAACUGAAGCCUUGGGACUAUGUAGCUGGAAGGGAGAAAACAUUAACAGAGCUACUUGUUCCACUUCGAGAGAAGAUUCAGUUCCUCAUUGUGAAAACCAGUGAAGAAGGGAAAUAAAUAUAUGAAAACAAACUAUGGGAUAAUACCAAUAAUAUGAGUCUCUUGCGUCAGUUUCCAGUUGAGAUUGGUUUAGGCUGAUUAACCUUACUGCAUGCGUGUUAAUAGGAAGUCUUAGCAGCAAUCUUUCAUGUUUUGAACUUUUUUGCUUCUUGAGAUUGUUCAAGUAUAAUUCUUCGCAAUAGGUAUUAUUUUCGAUAAUUAUUUAAAACUUCUCUAAGCAAACUUCACUAUUUUAAUUA